AUAGCCAUCAGAGUCAAUUCUCUUGGAGUUGCCAUCCGUACAGCCACAGAAGUUAGGAACAAGUGGAGGAAUACCACAAGAGUGGCCAAGGCUGUGUACACAACUCACAGGAGUGAGUUGUUCAAAACUGGGGGGAGGACCAGCUCCAAAACAACCUAGCUCUGCAGUCGAGAAAGUUAUCCAUCUUAUGAAGGACACCACCAGCUUCAGGGGGAUUCAGGGUGGACUUGAAACUGAAUCAUUCCAGACAAAUCAACCAUCUAUCAAUGCCACUUUACCGGAAGAAGAUGCCAGCCAGGAUUUGUAUGAAUCUGCUGCAUCUCUGAUAAGGGACAGUCCACCCCCCUCCAGUCCACCAAGUCCGUCUCUGCUUUCAGGAUAUGACCCCAUCCUGACACAAACAGUCGUACCACAUAUUCAAGAACAAACAGAUAGGACAGAUAAGCAGAAGACAGUGAGAACACCUUUGAAAAAGGUAACAGUGCAGGAUAUUCACGACAUGCAGUAUCGUGCACUGCAAGGUAAACUAGAAAUCCAAGAGAAGCAGAAAGUACAUAUGGACUUGGAGAGGAACAAACUGGAACUACAAAUUGAGCUGUUGCAGAAGUUAGUGGGUGGCAAUUCUGAACCAGUAACACUCUCUCAGGCACUUGCCUCUAUGUAUUAA